AUGAACGGUCCAUCCUUGGCGCUCGAGGUGUCGCUUAACGCAGUCGUACUUGUCACGCUUGGCCUUGGCUGUCCGGAACAUCGAAGCCGUCCCCGGGUCGUCGUUGGGCUGCUCUUCAAAUGCCACUGCAAGAUUCUACCCGUUCUGCAUGCAUCGUUCGCGCGCUGCUGUCAGUCGAAGCGUGUGCCGCAGAGCUGGAAGGUGGGUGUGGUGCGCCUGCUGCACAAGAAGGGCGAUCGGCUCGACCCAUUGAAUUGGCGGUCGAUCUGCUUGCAGCAGGUCAACUUCAAGUUAUACGCCGGUAUCUUGUCGCGUCGCUUUACGCGCUGGCUUGACGUCAACGGCCAACACGCUGAUGUGCAGAAGGACUUUCGAGCCAUGAACGGCUGCGGGGAACACAACUUUCUUGCAGCCAUGCUCGUCGAUCAAGCCCGGCGCAAGCAUCAAGAGUUGCAUGUAGUGUGGUACGACUUUGCCAACGCUUUAGGCAGUGUGCCACACAACUUGCUGUGGGAGGCGCUACAACGGCAGGGUGUUUCGACCGAGUUUGUCGCUUGUUGCCGUGGUCUCUACGCAGACGCAGCGUUUACAAUUGGUAACGCUGUUGAUGGGACCACGACACCAAUUGCGUUGAAGGUGGUGGUGUUUCAAGGCUGCCCACUCAGCCCCUACCUCUUUACCGCCGCGAUCGUCCCGCUGCUUCACGUGCUCAAGUCGCUGCCGUAA